AUGUUAUCUAAUAAUUAUAAUAUUUUAAAAUUUAUUAAUUUACUUAUCAUUUUGAAAACAUCAAACUCACAAUGGUUAAGUAUAAUUUCGUUUAAAUCUCGAUUUUCUUUACCAUGCGUAAAUAAUACUUUUCAUUGUGGCGAUGGCAAAUGUAUACCAAUGAACAAAAUUCAUGAUACAUAUAAUGAUUGUUCUGAUGGAAGUGAUGAAUGUAAGUUAAAAAAAAUUAAUCUUUUUUUAUUAUUUUUAACAAAAUUAGUUUGCUUUCCUGGAUAUAUUAAAUGUGGAAAAAUUUGUGUUGAAACAACUAAUGCUGACAAUUGUUUUGGAUUUGACAAUUGCUAUAAAUCGAAAAUUAUUCCAAAAUUUUGUCCUUAUCUGAAGCAAAAACUUUGUAAUGCUAAUGGCACUUUUCAUUGUAAAGGAUAUGGUGAAUGUAUUUUUACGGAAUGGAUGUUUGAUAAAAAACAAGAUUGUUAUGAUGGAAGUGACUUAGAUCCUGAAUAUGUUUCAAUAUUUAAAAAAAUUUUAAAUAAUCAAUAUCCUGAAGAAUUACUGUAUCAUUUAAAUAAUAAAGAAAAAAUCUCAUCAUCAUUUAAUACAACUAAUAAUUUAAAUAAUUUUACUUCAACAAAUUUUUUAUGGCCAAAUAAUAUUAUUCUACCACAAAAUAAAGAAAUUUUAACUCCUACAAAAUCUAAAAUUUCAUACUCUAAUAAAAAACCAAUUCAACCAGUUGAAGGAUUAGAAUUAAUGAAUAAACCAACUUUUGACAAGGUAUCAUUAAUGUUUCCAACAUUAAUACCAUACCAAAUAACUAAAAGUCAAACUGAUUAUACAGAAGAAAGCUUAACAUCUUUAGAUAUAAAAAGUACUACUAUUAAAACAAGUUUACUUCCUAUAAUUUAUCCUUUUACUUCAAUGAAUAAAAAUGUUGAUGGUCAUUUACAAACAACUAAAGGUAUUAAUUUUUUUAAUACAUCUAACUCUACUAACAUCAAAAUUGGAGAUGAAGAAUUAGAGAAAAAUAUAAAUAUUUCUGGCACAACUAAGAAAAACAUAAGUUUAGACAAUCAUUUAGAAAUAUUUAAAGAAAAUACUACAUCUCCGUUAGAUAUAUUUAUUGGGAAAACUACAAACAAGACAAAUGAAAGUUAUAAUUAUCCUAAAAUAGUGGUACCAAUUGACAAGAUAUCUAAAGAAAAUAUUAAGAUUGAUGAUAACAUAAAUGACACUUAUUUAAACGAUAUAUUUGGUGAUGAAAAGUUAAUUACAAAUGAUGAUAAAACUUCUCAAACUUCUUUUCCAUUUAAAGAAUCUUUUAAAGAGGAAAAAUUAAUAAAAGGAAAGACAUUAUCUUCAAAUAUUAUUAAUAUUCCACAAACAACUCAAAGUUAUUUAAAAUUAAAUGAAAUAGAAAAUAAAGGAUAUCAUUACAAUUUAUUCACAACAACGAUUAGUUCUCACGAAAAUACUUUAUCAGACCAAUUAAUUGAAAAUAAUAAUUUUUAUACUUCAACAACUAAAUUAGAUAAAAAUAAUAAUGUUUUAACAUCUAACAAAGAUAUACCAAUGACAAAAUCUAUAUAUCAAACACCGAAUAAAAUAACAACUAUAGAAUAUACUAAUACUUUAACUACAAUAAAGGAAGUAACUAUGGAAAAUAGUCAAACAAAAGAAAUUGAUGUCAAUGAAACAAUUCCUCAAAAUAUUAUAAAUAAAAAUGAAUAUGGAAGUUCUUUUACCACUCAACAACCUAAUAUUGAAAAAAAUAAUAAAAACAAAGUUAAAUUUUUAACAACUAAAUCUGUAAACUCAAAUAAUUUAGAAAAUAAAUUUGAUUUUCUAAAUUUAGAUAAAAUGGGAAAACAUUCAAAUAUACCACAAAAUUGGAAUUUUUUUGGUAUUCCACGAACAGAAAUAGGAGAAAAUUUUUAUCCUAAAAAUAAAUUGUCAACACAAUCUCCAAAAAUUAUAUUUAAAGAAAGAAUUUUUGAAAAGACAAAAGAUAUAGAAGAAGUAAAUAAUGAUAACUCAAUAAAAAUAAAAAUUACUACAAUGAAUAAGGAUAAUAUAAUUACAACUACUCCAUUAACACUAGAUAUACCGAAAGAUGAUGUUAAAAAUACUACUGAAAUGAUACAUUUUAAUAUUCCAAAUGAAGAAAAACAAAUAAAUAUAAAUAAUUCUAAUUAUAAUUCUAAUACAAUAACAACACUUGAUAAUAUAGUAGAUUUAAAAAAUAUUUCUUCAGAUAAUGAUAGAACAAAUACAACAUCAAAGUCAUUUAUUAAAAAUAAUAUGACAAAUGAUGAGUAUAAUAAAUGUAUUAAAAAAUUUAUGAGUGAAAAUUUUUAUCAUUAUGAUACAAAUGGUGAAUCAAUUUGUCAAUGCGGCCCAGGAGAUUCUCCUGGAUUUUUAGGUGUUUGUCAACAUAAACUACAUUCAGUUAUUCUAAAAUUAAACAUAGAAAGCAUUUGUGGAAAUGUGCCAUCAAAAGAUAUUAACAACAAAAUUAAAAGUGGUAUUAUUUCAUUAUUAAAAAAUGAGGAUGAUAUAGAUGAUGCUUGUUUUCGUUUAUCAAAGGAAAAUAACUUAAUAGCUGAAAUUUUUUGUAAAAAAUGUUCAUUAUCUUCAAUAGAAAAUAUAUUUCAAUUUAAUAAUAUGGAAAGUAAAUAUAAUUCAAAACUUUCUUUCACUCCUGGUGGAAAUGAUGCUUGUAAUAAUUCAGAGUUAAAUUUUUGUGAUAAAAAUGCUACUUGUAUACCUAUGAAUGAUAAAUAUGAAUGUAUUUGUGAUAGUAAAAAUAAUUUUAAAUUGGAAAAAUUUAAUACAGACUAUGGAAGAAAUUGUUACAGUAAUGAUCAUUGUGAUACAUUAUUUGGUAUAUGUAUAAUAUAUUGGCUACUAUUAAUACCAUUUAUUUUACUUAUGAUUUCAUGUUUAUGUUGUUUGUUGCAUAGAUUAUGCUUAAAUUAUGACAUUUAUUGUUGCAGUAAUCAGAGAUUUCAAAAUUUAAUACCAUUUUAUGUAAAACAUAAAAAUCGUCGAAAAUCUAAAAAUGUUGUAAUUGAAGAUAUUAAGGAAGCACAAAAAUGGCAUCCAGACAACAAGAGACCUAGUAGUAUUCAUUCUACUGAUGAUUAUCAAUUAAAUUCAAGAAGAAAAAGUGCUAUACUUUUUAAUGAAGACGAUUAUGUACCUAAAAAGUCACCUAAAAGUCAAACAAAUUCAAUUCAUUCUGUGGAAGAUUAUAUGAUAGUUGAUAGUGAAACAGAAGAUCAAAAAAAUAGUAUCGUACCAAUUAUAAACACACAAGCUACAAUUCACAAUGAACAAAAAGAUAGAAUAGAAAAAAUAAAUGUUGAUAAUGGUAAAGUUGUUCAAACAAAAUUUUUACCAAUUGAACAUUAUAAAAGUCAACCAAUUUUGGAAAAUACGCAUAAAAAUCCAAAUUUUUAUAGUUUAACAGAUAUCAAUAGUACUGUUAAUAGUAAUCAAUUUUUAGAUCAAAACAAUCUUAAAAUAUUUAAAAAAAAUUUGUCAAAAGAAAACAUUUUAGCAAGUAAUGUUAGUAAAGAUAUAAAACAUUCUACCACAGUUCAAACAAUUCAUAGUUCUUUAGAAAAUAUUUCUUCUAAUCAAAAUAUUAAAAUAAACAAAGUUAAUAGUGAUUCAAAUUUAAAGAUGUUUUUAGAAAAAGCUAUGGAUGUUGAUGAAACUUUUAAUAAUGAGAAUACUCAUUUUGACACAGAAAAACAAUCAAUGAAAAGUGGAAAAACAGUUCAUUCAAAAAAUUCAAGUUGUUCAUUAUUAAGUAGUCAUCCAAUAAUUGAGGAAGAAGAAGAUGAGCGUAAUGAAAAUACAUCUACAAAAAAAUCAAUAAGUUUAGAACAAUGUUUUGAUAAUGCUUUAACUUAUGACAAAAAAAAUAAUUCUGUGAAAUCUCUUCCAUAUAUAAAUAAUAAUUCAUCUAACCAUUCAAUGAUAAAUGUCAAUUUACAAUCAAUACCAAAAGUCGAAUAUAAACAAAAACAUAUAUUUAAAAAAAGAACUGCUUCAUCAGCUACACUAUUUCAACAUACAGAAAAUGACAGUAGCAAUUCAAAAACAAAUUUAUCUUCAAGGGCCAGUUCUUUGUCUAUUGAACCAUCUACAAAAGAUUUUCAAUUUGAUAGCACACAUGAAACAGUAUCUGAUAAUCUUCAUCAAAAUGAUAACGAAACAAUCUGGGAACAUUAUAAACAUCACACAGAAUUACCAGAAGUUGUUCAAACCGAUAGCAUGAAUGAAUUAGAUAGACUGUUUUCUGAAAGAUUAAAAAUAUCUUCACAAAUUAAAGAUACACAUUUAACUAAUGUUUCGCAAACCCCUAAUGUUGAAAAUAUAACUGAAUUAUCAAAACAAAAAAAAGAAACUUCAGAUAUUAAAAAUAAGGUAAUUAAUGUUAAAGAUAAUUCUGAAAAUCCCAAAGAAACACUGGCAACUAAAAAAAACCACAUGUCAGAAGAUGUAAAAAUAACUGAAGCUAAAAAAGUUGAAAAUAUGAUAGAUGACAUAACAAAUAUUUCAAACUAUAAUUUUAAAGAAGAUCAUACGUUUAAAAAUACUGUUGUUAGUGAUUCUGAUUUAAAGAUGAUUGUUAAUAACAAAAAUUUUGACAAACCUAAUAAUGUCAUUGAAAACGUUUCAAAUAACUAUCCAAAUAUUGAUAAUGAUAGUAAGUGUAUUAAACCAACAGAAGAUGUUAUAAAACAAGAAAUUUCUAAAAUUGAGAAUAAUAAACUAAACAAAGAGGAAAAAAAAUUAAAAAAUAUACCAAAAACUAUUGUAAAAAUUUCAAAACCAUCAUUAAUUGAUAAGAAAAAAGUAAUGUCAUAUUCGAUUUUAAAGGAUGAUAAAAAUAAUAAGAGAUUAAAUUUUAAAGUUGAAAAAGAAGAUAAAAAUUUAAAUGAAAGUAAACAUAAAAGAAUAACUUUAAAGCCACCAAUUCCAAAAUUCACUAAUUUAAAAUUACCAUCUUCUUCAGUUGUAAUAAAUGGUCCUCAAUCAUCAAGAUCUGUUCAAGAGAGGAAAAAAAAUGUUACAUCUCCAAUUGCAAGAAGUUCUUCCUUUAAUUUCAAUAAAUCAUCUAUGUUAAAGACUGGUUUAAAAAUAAAACCUUCAGAAAUAAAAAUUGAAGAAAAAUUACCUGUUCAUGUUAAGGUUAAAUUACCAAAAAUUGACAAGUCGCCUAAAAAAUAUUUUGAUAAAGAAAAACUAAUCAGUCAUAAUAAAAAUGAAAAACUUCCUUUGUUAAAUGUGGAAAGUGAAUCAUUUUCAAAAUUUAAAGAUCAUAGUAAAAAUAAUUCACCCCCUAAAAAUAAUCUAACAAAUUCUGAUAUUGUUAAAGAAAGAAUUAAAGAAAAAGAAGAGGUUACAUUUGAAAAAUCUAAAUAUGACUCAUUUCAAAAAAAAGAAAAUACUUUUAAUAAAUUUCCAACAGAUAUUAAGUAUAAUGAAUUAAACAAUUUAAAAAAUAUUGUCCCUGAAAAAAAUUUAAAAAGUAGUGAUAGAGAAAAGAAGGGUAUUCCUAAUGUUAAAAUAACAAUAAAAAAAAAAGGAAAAAUUGUUAAUGAAAAUGAUGUAUUAUGUGGUGUUUGUAAGGAUGAUAUCAUAAAAAUAAUACCUAAUGAUAUAGAUGAAGAACAAUUAAAAAAAAAUAAAAUUAAAAGUUUUAUUAAGCAACAAGAGAAAGCUGGAAUUUUAGUAAAAAAUCCAAAAACACAUAAACUUGCAGUUAUCAAAGAAAAAUCAGAGGAAUAUAAGAAUGUCAAAAUAAAGGAACCUUCAAAAAUUGAUUAUAAUAAAAAUAAUUUUGAAUUAGAUUUUGAUGAAACUUUAUCAACACAAAGAACAUCUAAUUUUGAAAUAUCAAGAGAAAAUAGUUUAAUACCAGUUCAUUUUGAUAGUAGAUAUGUUGGACCACCUAGUGCCAGAGAAAGUGCAAGAAUUCUUGAAGCUGAAGGUAAUUAUUACGCUGGUGAUGUUGAUUUGGAUAUGCCAAGUCCAUAUAUUUUACCAAUUACAGAAAGCGACAUUAAAAAUUGUAUAUUUAACAAUAAUGAAUUAAGAAAAUUAAAAACAAAUAUACCAUUUUUGGAUUGGGAUCAUCAUAGUGAAAUAAUUAAAAGAGAAAAUUUAAAAAACCAAAAACUUAAUCAUUCAAUGUCAGAGUCUAAUUUGCAAAAAAAACUACGUACAACUAAAAAUAGCAAAGGAAAAGAAAUUUAUGAUUUUCAUGAUAAUGAUAACAAUACUAAUUGGAAAAAUAAAAGUCGAAGUCAUUCACCAAGUACAUUUAACAAAAAUAUAUAUAAAAAUAAAGAAUAUAUAAAACAAAAGAGUAAUGUUAUAAUAAAUAAUAAAGAUUCAAUUUAUAGAGAACAAUCAAAUGUAUCAAUCUCCAGUUCAGGAGGAUAUGAACAUUGGAAUUUGUCAUAUAUUCAUGAAGGUGAUAUCAAAAAAAUUCCUCUUCCACCAUUAUCAUACUCAUAUAGAGCAUUAAAUUCAAAACAAAGGAGAGUAUAA